AAUGGAAGCUCCUGCUAGAGGGCGCCAGCAAAGGACCUCCGUAUCAGAUGGUGUCAGCUGCACGCGGCAGACACCGACACCGACCAAACUGAUUCCGUUUGUUUUUACAAAAUCUAACAUUUUUCCCUCAGCCGAAUCAGCAUCUUUAGAGAAGAAAAAAGAGAAACUCGUUGAUUUAGGAAUCCAACAUAUUUGGGACGAUCUGAAAGAAAGCGGCGUCGAUUGUUCGGAUUGCAAAAUGGCCGAAACGAUGGAAAUCGAAACGCCUCUUCCUAGAAAGACAGGUAAUUGA